AUGCCUGCUCUCUACGAUCAAUUCCUCCUGUUCGGAGACAGCAUAACCCAAGACUCCUUCUCCCAAGAGCGCGGGUUUGGGUUCUCCGCAGCCCUUCAAGCUGCUCUCCAGAUCCUCCCCGCAAUUGUACCUCCGCCAGAUCAGGCUAAGAUCCGGUUCAUGACCAUCUUCUUCGGUGCCAACGACUCAUCCCUGCCAGACGCGCCGAAUAAACAGCACAUUCCGCUCGAUGAGUUCGUCAAGAACUUGAAAGACAUUAUCUUUCAUCCGCAGAUCAAAGCUCACGGGCCUCGUAUCAUCCUGGUUGCUCCUCCCCCAAUCAACGAGCAUCUUUGGUGGCCAAGAGACCAAUCCAACGGAUAUACUAGCGUCUCGCGCCUGGCAAGUACAACCAAAGCAUAUGCCGAUGCAGUUGUCGAGCUUGGCGCUGAGCUCAACCUUCCCGUCGUGGAUCUUUGGAAAGCCUUCAUGGCGAAGACGGACUUCAAGGCAGACGCUUGGAAGCUCGGUGAUCAGCUGCCUGGGUCUUUGGACGUCGCGCAAAACGACGCCUUGGUGGAACUCAUGUACGAUGGCCUCCACUUCAACCCAGCAGGCUACGAUGUUUUCUACCAAGAAUUGAUCAAGGUGGUUGAACAGCAGUGGCCGGAUCAGACGCCUGAGAAGCUCCCCAUGGUAUUGCCGCCGUGGAAUGAUCAAGAAGCUUGGAAGGCAUGGGAAGCCGCUCAGGCAUCUUAG